CUGGUUAUUGUAAAUAAAUACAAUAAGUGUUUAAGAAUGGUUUUGCAUAAAAAAAAAUUCCAAACAAGUCGUUUUAUCUUUUAAAAUAUUUAAAUCUUUGUCGUAAACACAGAAUAAGCCACAGCGAAUAUUUUACAAAAUGAUUUAUUAUUGAAUAACGUUUAUUACUUAUUUGAAAGAACCGAGAAUAUGGAAUAACAGUUGAGGUGUAUUCCGUCAAUCUGGUGAGAAGAUGGCUGAAAGUCAAGAUGUAAGUGCUAGUACAGAUAUCGCAGAAGUGUUAAAUGCAGCCGAAGAAGAGUUGGAUGCUCAAGAAUUUGAUUUACCUCCUGUAGAAACUCCUCCGACUUUAGAAAGCAUUCUUAAUGCACCUGAUGAUGAUGAUGAACUUCUGUUGGAAGAUGAGGAACUUGGUUCCUUGUCCCAACUGUACAAAGGGGAUUCUGUGGAGACGUCCUCCAUGUCCAGUCAGGACAGUCUCAUCUCCGAUCGACCCAGACAAAGGACAGCAGCCAAAAGACAAAGUAGUUCUGAAGCCCAUGGCACCGUGCUAAAACCGAGUAAACUGAAAAAUAUUUCAGCUCAGCUGAAGUCUGCUGCAAACAGAGUGGAUGCUGGGAAGCCAUCAGCAAUAGCUGUGGCAUCCCUUAUAGCAAUUGGGACAUCCCAUGGCAUUGUACUAGUUUUCGAUCCACGCCAGGUAUUGAAAUGGUGUCUAGGAAGUACAGCUGUUGGGGCCCAGUAUGGAUCAGUGUCAGCUCUCAGUUUCAACAGAGAUUGUUCUCGAUUGCUCUGUGGCUUUGCUAAAGGCCAGAUUACCAUGUGGGAUUUAACAAAUGGAAAAUUACUCCGGACCAUCACUGAUGCUCACCCACCUGGAACUGCUGUUCUACAUGUUAAAUUCACUGACAGCCCUGUGAUUGCUGUGUGCAGUGACAGUGGAGGGUCUGUGUUUGAACUGGAAUUCAAGAGGUUGAUCGGGGUGAGGACCUGUGAAUCGAAGUGCCUGUUUUCAGGAAGUCGAGGAGAAGUGUGUGUCAUAGAACCACUACACAUGAAUUAUACCAUACAGGACCAUCCCAUGCAUGAUGUUAUGAUUCUGGCCAUGGCAUCUUUGUCCAAGGUAUUAAUUGUGACUCUGAGACCUCAGCUGAAGAUAAUGUUCACUCAUCCAUUAAAGGGUGAUUCUUCCACUCUGCCACUUCUUGCCUGGCAGUUUGUCAUCAUCCAAAUCUCUGAAAGUGACCGUGUCAUCGAUCCAGUGUUGGCAUUCGCUCGAGAUAGCACCAUCUACUUCUACCAGGUAAAAGAAUAUCUACUUAAGACUCAUCAUUCCCUAGCAAGUAGAUUCAAGACCACAGAGGGUUCCGAGAUGGUGAUAUGCAAUAAUGCCCAAGAUAUCCGCUGUUCAGGUUUGCAGAAAAUGGAACUACCUUACAAACUUCUUUCGAUAACUUGGAUGAACCCAAGGACACUAGUUACAUUGGACACUACAGAAAAGAUUCAUGUUAUAGAUGUGAAGUCCGAAGAAGAGUUAGAAAUCGUUGACAUUGCUGAUGUCCAACUGGUUUAUGGAUCUAGUCACUUCAAGUCUUUAGCAACAGGAGGAAACGUCAGUGAAGCUCUGGCAUUUGCUGGUGAACAAGCGUGUUAUCAGUCUGUGGUCAGCCAUGGUGGUCAGCUGUUUCUACUAGGAACUGAAUCUGUUACAGUCUUUUCUGUGAGGUCAUGGAUGGAGAGAAUUGAGGUCCUUGUGAAACAGAACAAAUACAGAAGUGCCCUUGCUUUGGCUCUGUCCUUCUAUGAAGGAAAGGCUAAAGCUGUUGUUGGACUGGUCGGUUCUUCUAGAAAACGAAAAGGCAUUGUGAAAGAUUUAAUGUUGAAUCUGUUGUUUGAAUUUGUGGAUUUAUCAAUGACUCAGUUUUGUCCUGAAAAGGGGAAAAUUGAAACUUUGGAAGACUAUUACCAGGGUAUCGUUCCAGUGUGUGUAGACUAUUGCCUAUGCUUGGAAUGUGUUGAUAUAUUAUUUGGUCGAAUUUACGAUCGUUUCGGAAUGGAUGUAAUUGCAAAAGACACGUUCUUAGAGUGCCUGGAACCAUACAUUCUUGAUGACAAACUCAGUUCCAUCCCACCGACCGUUAUGAAGGAUUUCGUUGAGCAUUACGAAGGCAAAGGAAUGCUGGAGAGUGUGGAAGCGUGCAUCGUCCACCUUGAAGUGACCACGUUGGAUAUACACCACAUUGUCCAUCUCUGUUGGAACCAUGGUUUAUACGAUGCCAUAAUUUAUGUCUACAACAAGGGAAUGAAUGAUUACACCACCCCACUUGAAGAAUUAUUGAUUUUACUGGAAGCAGCUAUUAACACUGGUAAACAACUGACUGAUGAUCAAAUCAAACUUGGAAAUAAACUUCUUGUCUAUAUCAGCUAUUGUUUAGCUGGUCGUGGUUAUCCACUCGGAGAUAUUCCAGAAGAAUUUAUCCCAGAAGUCAAAGAACAGGUCUUCAAAUGUGUCAGCUGUUUGCACCGGACCAAGUCAAAAGAAAAUGAACCAGCUUAUCCUCACCUGAGAACUCUUCUUCAGUUUGAUACAAUAGAAUUCCUCAAUGUCUUGGCAUUGGCUUUCGAAGAACCGGAAUUCAAUACAGAUGAAGGGAUCCAGAAACGCCAGAGAGUGAUUGACAUCCUAUUACAGGUGAUGGUUGAAAGUGUUGGAUUCAAUCCCAGUCAAAUUGGAACGCUGUUCACAUUCCUCGCACGACAGAUGGCAAGACACGAAAACACCAUCCUAGUGAACCGUGUCCUAUUUGAGCAAGUUCUAGAGUUCCUGUCGAACCCAGACGAGGCGACACGUCACGAAGAGAGACAACAGGCCAUGAUGGAGUUACUAAUGGUUGGCGGCUUGAGCAUAUUUAGCGACCAACGUCUUUUGCAACUUGCUGAAAAUGCCAAAUUUUACCGAGUUUGUGAGUUUGUCUAUGAGAAGAACCACCAUUACGACAAAAUUCUUGUUUGUCACUUAAAAGACUACACCAGGCGGCAUAUGGUAUUUCCUUAUAUUAACCGCAUCCUUCAUGGAGAUGGCUAUAGUGCUGCUGAGAAAGAGUCUGUUAAAGUUGCUGCUCUUGAGAACUUAAUUGAUUUAGUGAACAUAGACUGUAAGAAAGCAGCCAAAGUAGUCAUCUUCAGUUUGUCUUGUAAUCUCAGUGAUGUGGUGGAACAACUGAGGAACAAACCAAGAAUACUCUAUGAUUUUUUACAAGGAGUACUUUCAUACAAGGAAUCGGUUGGAAACCAUGUCAACCCAGACAAGCAAGUCACCAUAGAACCAAUCAUCUAUGAACUCUACAUUGACCUCCAGUGCCAGUUCCAUACCAGUAAUGUGUACAACUUCAUCAAGAAUGUCGAUGGAUACCGGCUGGAGGAAACUCUCAAGAUCAUAAACAAAUAUGACAUACCCUGUGCUUCUGCCCACAUCUUGGAGAAAAUGGGAGAUAUCCUUGGAGCAUUCAACAUAAUGUUAGCAACUUUGAAUAAAAAGGUCCACACAUUUACGGAUGCAAUUCUUUCAAAGAAACCAACCAAAGCGGAGGCAGUUAUUCAGCUCCAAGAAGUUCAAGCCAGUCUGUUAGUGGUGAUCCAACUUUGUCAAAGAAACUCUGGGAAAAUGGAUGAAGGGAGUCGAGAGGCCAUGUGGUUCCCGUUGUUAGAAUCUAUGAUGGCCCCUCAGAGAAAACUUAAAGACUUGGAUGACCGAGAAAUAAUUACAGACAUUCAGGAGUUGACUCACCAUAUUCUCAACAGUAUGAUGGGAUACAUAGCUUUGCCUUCUAUUUUACAGAAGAUUAUGCAGGACCCAGCAUACAACACUGGCAAGUUUGGUGAAGUGAAAGAAUUAAUCUUGGGAAUGUUAGAAACAUACAAUUAUGAAGAGACAUUGAUGAAAACCUGCAAGAACCUGCUGCAUCAUGAUCUCCACCUACACUUGAGGCGUCUGAGGUCCGAGGCUGUGAAGGGCUUCAUGCCCUGCACCGAACACUGCAGCCUGUGCAACAAGACACUGUCCCAUGCUGCCGAUGCCGACCUCCUACUUAUAUUCAGAUGUGGCCAUAGUUACCACACGAGCUGCCUGCGUGGAAUUGGUUCGUUACACGUAAUUGAUGGUGAAGAUUAUUGGAGCUGUUAUUUAUGCAGUAACUCAAAGAAAAAAGGUCGUACUCAGAGUACACGUUUCCACAGAGCCUCCACCUUGAGCUCAGUUGCUGCUCAGUCUAGUCAUGGUGGGGCCCUGGCAACACAGUCCAAAGAGGAAUAUAUUGACCCUCAGCAUGCUGAAGCCUUUGAAAAUUUACGGAAAUCCAUGAAAACCCCUUCAAGGUUGGCCAUUUUGACAGAACUCUCAAAGAAUCCCACUUCUCAAACAGCCAUGAAACGAACAAGCAGCAUUCUGAAAAACGAAAAUUUCAACCUUCGUCUUGCCCCACCGAGGUCCGAGAUUUACUUCUAGAAAAACAAGAACAAGAAAAUAUUAUAAUAAUAAUAAUAAUAAUAAAAAAAAUGAACUGUAAUAUAACUUUCGUAUUGUAACAUACAGCUAUCUGCAAAGCAUCAAACACCUCACACACACACAUUCACUUACAUAGACAUACUAACACACACAUACACACAUAUAUUAAGAAACAAAAAGAAACUAAAUAAGAACAAAUAAAUGAUACCAAAAAAUUUUUUUUAAAUAAACUCGUUAACAUUUAUAGAUUGAUUGGGGGUGGGAGGCAGUGUUGCAGUUGAAUACAUCGAAUCCAGUAUAUUACUGGUAUUUUAAAUUUUAUCAACUGCAGAACUAUUAGAGAGUUCACCCCCUAUCAAAGGGAUGAAACUAAACGUUGCACAGCAUUUUGUCCGAUGCUCUACUGAUUCUACAAACCCACCACAAAAACAUUUGUAUAUUUUUCAUAGUGAAACAUGGACAUAUGAAUGGCAGUGGAACUAAGGCGUUUGCUUUGCAACUGUGUAGUUCUGGGGUCAGUCCCACUGCAUGGCAGCAUAGGAGUAUGCCUAAGUCUUCUACUAUACGGUCAGGUUGACAAAUGCCUUGGGAUUAAAAUUUCAUAAAUGGAAACUGUACUGAAGCUCAUCAUAUAUAUAUAUAUAUAUAUAUAUAUAUAUAUAUACGUGUGUGCAUAUAUGUAUGUGUGUACAUAUAUAUAUGUGUGUAUAUAUAUAUAGUAGCAGCAUUAUUUAAUGUUCCUGUUCCAUGCUGGCAUGGCUGUGGAGUAGGUGGGGUUGACAGUUUAACAGGAUUUGAUGGGCCCAGGUACUGCACUGUAUUCUAGUGUCUGCUUAAGCAGAUUUUCCACAGUUGGAUGCCCUUCCUAAUGCUAACCCCUUGACAGCAUGUAGUGGGUGCUUGUUUAUGUGCUCCUGGCACUAGUGAGGUUGCCUGAAGCUUGCAAGGCCAUGAAGCCUGAAAGACAACUUUAUGUUAGGAGAUAGGGGCCAAAGGAUCGGUAAAAGUGAGUAUAUGUGUGUGCAAAGCUGUAAAAUCAGUGCAUGGAACAAAAUGUAAUUUGUUGUAUUGAGUCCAACCCAUGCUAGCAUGGAAAGCAGACGUCAAAUGCAGAUGAUGAUGAUGAAGUCAUUAUCAGAGACUAAUUCUGGAAGGUUGUGUUCUAGAAAUGGCUGUAGUCUAAUGACUGCCUCCACUAAAAGAAUGCCUGCACAAAAACCACACACACACACACACACACACAUAUGCAUAGACAUUACAUAAAAAAAAACAACCCAACAACAAACCAAAAACAAUGUGGCUUCUUUGAUGGUAAAACAGAAGCUGUUUCGACCUGUGAUAAAAAGAAAAAAUAAUUUUGUAAAUGAAUUAAUUAUUGCUUCGUUAGUUAUCCUGUCUCAUUCAUUGGUCCUCAUUGCAGGUGUGUGUGUGUGUGUGUAUUGAUGAUGAUGAUGAUGAUGAUGGCUAAAUGUAAUAAGAUAAUGAAGUACCUGCUCUCUCUCUCUCAUUGGCUCAUUAGUUAAUUCAAAUCUACUGCUGUCGUUUCAUGGCAUUUUCUUUCCAUUUUUGGGGGGACAGUUUGAACAUAGAUAAAACAAGCUGAAUACUUGGGCCGGAUGGGGCCAGUUUAAAUGUUAAAUGGUUAAUGGCAUCAAUCUCACAGAUCUAAGAAGGUCCUGCACAAUAGCCAUGACCAUUGCCUCUCCUUCCAAGCCCAUCCAGCAAAGAAAAAAGGAUAAAAUCAAAAAUUUAUUCUGUUUGGAAACUUGAAACAGCUCAGCUGAGUGAUUUAACACUGAAGUAGACUAGCUUCAUAUCCAGGGGUGGAAAGAUUUAUUUAUCCUAAAUGGAUUACCAUUAGGCACCAAGCAGUCAUGUCAGCAGAUUCUGCUAAAGGCUACCCAGGUACCGAAUGGCUAUAUUAAGUGAAGUGAUAGAUUACAACUACCACUACCAUCUCACCAAAGGGCUGGUCGGUGCAGUGUAUCAAUUUUACAAGCUUCUGCACAGUUUCCAUCUACAUAAGGUUUUCCUCAAGACAAGGAAUGCUUUGUCCAAAACCUAUGAUAGUAAACAAUAUCUGCUUAAUAUGACUCAUUGUGGAUUUGAACCUAGAACCAACGGUUUUGUGAAACAAGCUUCUUAACCAUUUGGCCAUGCAUUCUUCACCUCUGCUCAGCUGACAAACAAGUUCCUUUCUCCCCCACUCCUAAAGGGUUAAAUUAACCCUUUAGCAUUAUUUUAUUUAACCCUUUAACAUUUAUGGUCAAACUAACCAGAGAUGGCCUCUCACACCUACCCUACAAUAUCAUUCUAAAAAGUUAAACAAUCACAUCAUUGAAAUCUGAAAGCUACAAGAUAUUGCAUGAUUCAUUCAAAACCAUGUGAAUAAAUAAACGCUUGACAGAGUUAUUGAGUGUGAAAGGGUUAAAGACAAGAAUUUGAUUUCGUAAAUAGCAACAUAAUUUCAAUGAUAUGAAAUGAAAUAACUGCAUAUGAAAAAGUUCAAGUUGUUUUUCUUUCAAAACAUCCAUCUAAGAUACUGUUUUAAUUAGCUUCACAAUGCCUCACUACAUUAAUUAUGCUAAUUACAUUUACUUUAUUAUUUUUCCAUGCAGAUGGCGCCUCUGAGUAAUCUCCCUCAGUGAAUAAAUUAUUUUUUCUUUUCUUUUUUAAAUUUGCUAAUUUUUCAUGCUUAAUUAAGUACAUUUAAAUAAUUACUUACUCAAUGAUUCGCUUGUUAUUGGAUAUGUACAGGAAAGUUGUAUGCUUUGCUUGUCGCAGUUAAAAUGCCUUGACAGCAGUGGUGGAGGUGAUGGUGGUGGCAGUGGUGGUGGUGUAAUUCACUUUGAGGGUGGCUGAAUAACUUCAGCUCAAAUUUACUUAGGAUUUGAAACUUCCUGGAGGAGGGGAAGGAAAGGAACAUUUGUCCAUGAGGAACUUAACUGCAUCCCAGACAAGUUUGGUAGAGUAAUUAAAUUGACAUCCUGUUUGGAAUACGGUUCCACAGCAAAAAUGGUCGCUGCUCCACUGGAACCAUCUUUCCUCUGACAAGACACUCUACACGGUUCCGUCUGAGAAUAGACACCCUUCUCACCAGAGAGAAAAGCCAGAAAUUCCAAGGGAAAUUGCAAGUUCAUUACAUCCACAACCCCAGUAUGCAGCUGGUACUUUGUUAUUGGCCCUAAAAGACUGAAAGGCAAAGUCCACCUUGGUGGAAUUUGUACCCAGGACAUUAAUGCUGAAGAAAUGCUGCUAAGCAUCUCAUCUGACUCAUUAACGAUUCUGCUGCCUUAACGAUUAUGAUUCUUUCUACUAGAGGUACAGGGUUUGAAGUUUGCGAGGAGGCUAGUUGACUUCACUGACCCUCCCAGUGUUUCACUGGUACUUUAUUUUAUCCCCAAAAGGAUAAGAAGGCAAAGCUGACCUUGGUGGAAUUUGAACCUGGAACACAAAGAGCUGGGAGAAAUGCCAUCUUACCUGGCUCUCAGUGACUCUACCACUUCAUCGCAGUAUCUCCGGGUCAAGUUAUGAAACUUUUACAUAGUCACAUCUUUGCCUGAUCAUGCCUGAUCAGAACUUACAUCAUAAGAGGGGGGGAUGGGCAAGGAAGGAGUGGAAAGACUAUUCUGCAGUUGAAAUUAAUUAUUGUAAUUACUGAACAGAAAUGACAACGUUUGUGAAGCUUAAUAAUGUAAAUACGAAGUAAUUAAAUAAGGUUAAACCCGUCUCAGAAUAAAGAAUAAAAGUUUC